AUGGAACUCAACCGAGAACAUUUUCACGCCAUAAUUUAUUACAACUUUCAGAGACAAUUAUCGCAACAAGAAUGCCUUGCUGAGUUACUGUCUGUUUUUGGCCACGAAGCGCCACAUCAUCAUAACGUCGAUCCCAGGGUGGGUGCACCAAAAACGGCAGUCAACCAGGAAAACGUCGAUGCUGUGCGCAAACUGAUCAUUGAAGAUAGAUAUGUGACAUAUCGCGAAAUUGAGGCGUCCUUAAAAUUAGUUUCUCUCAGGGUUAAUUGGUGUCAAAAAACGCUUGACCGUUUCAAUUCCGGAAACUCAAAAAAUGUGUACAGCGUUGUUAGUAGUGAUGAAUCGUGGAUUUACUGUUAUGAACCAGAAAAUAAACGACAGUCGGCCGUUUGGGCGAAGAAGAUGGUCGCGACAUUUGUGUCAAAAGCGGGUCAUAUUGCAACAAUUCCUCUUAGUGAGCAAAGAACUCUUCGAAAAAUCAACCCCGAAAGAAGAAUCAUCCUCCACCAAGACAAUGCAAGCUCGCACACAGCCCAAAAAACAAGGCAGUAUUUAACGGAAGAAAACGUGGAAUUAUUGGACCAUCCUCCAUAUAGUCCCGAUCUAAGUCCUAACGAUUUCUUUACUUUCCCGAAAAGUAAAAACAGACUGCGUGGUCAAAGGUUCCACUCACCAGAAGAAGCACUUGACGUAUUCAAAAAUGCCGUUUUGGAUCUGCCAGCAAACGAGUGGAAUAAGUGCUUCGAAAAUUGGUUCGAGCGCAUGCAGAUGUGUAUUAAUCUUCAUGGGGGAUGCUUCGAAAAACAAUAA